AUGGUUGAUGGUAAAUGUUGGGAACAACUCAUUGUCACACAUCUGCCUCUCUUGUUUGAAUUUAAAUUUCAAGUGUUUUGUUUUAAAGAAAAUCUAACAUCUACUCUUGUCAUGGAUGAAUUGAUAUCAUCGUUCAAGACAUCAUUUUGGCUCAAGCGCGGAUGGUUCGUAGUACUCGAUUGUCACUCAUCGUUUGGUUUGCACUUUUACACGUAUGAGAGAUGGGGAAAGAGGCAUAAAACAUUGCCGAUCACAUUUGAUAUAAGAACGGUAACAACAGCAGUCGAUAAUCAUCCACGAAAUAGCAUACGAGCACUGACGAUAUCCGGUGGAAUUAACGAAAGAAUUUCAACAAUGAAAUCAUUGACCUACCAGUAUCCCAAUGUUAAACAUUUGAUCAUCGAUUGUGAUUCAGUCGUCAAUAACGCUGUCGUCAUUCAGAACUUGUCCAGUGUUGUCGACGUUUCGAAACUGACGAUGUUGACAGUCAAAGAACGUCCAGUGAAUCUUGUACGGGAAUUAAUUUUGAAAUAUGAUCUAAAAUAUAUGACCUCGUUGACAAUCACGUUCAAUUUAUUGUUGAAUAUCACACAUCAAUUUGAUAAUGAGACACAAGUGUGGUGUGAGCAAAUUACGACUUUAAUGUUAAGAUUUGUUGGAUGGAUUGAUUUGGUUCAAUGGUUAAAAUUCACAGACGUGUUCAACAAAAACUUAAAAUAUUUGUCAAUUUAUGGAACGACAAGUGACACUAUGUACACGAUUAUGCCGUUGAUUUUUGAACGAAUGAAAAGAUUGAAAAAAUUCAAAAUAGCAUUAGAGUACAGUCAUGAUCGAAUGUUUCGGUCGGAUCAAUUUGAACAAUGGUUUGAACAUUAUAUACAAUUAAAUGCAUUAGAUAUUGACUGUGAACACAAUGAUAACGCGUUGGAUAUAGCAUUCACUUGA